AAUUUACAUGAAUAAAGUGUUUAAAGUGAAAAAAAAAUAUAAACAAAAUAAAUAUCGCAAAAAUGUUAAAUAAUAAAAUAUUAUAUCUAAUAAAAAAUAUGUGUGACUAUAAUAAAUAUGAAAAUAUUAAAGCUCACGCUUUACAGCAUUCGGAUCAAUUCCAAAUAAAUAAAAUUUCUGAACAAGAGUCUGAUCAAAAAACGAAAAAACAAAAUGAACGAAAGAAACAAAAUAACGCAAUGCAUGGUUAUAUCUAUCAAACAAAACUGUUAAUGUUAUUCUUCUAUCGCAUUCAACGUCGUUAUUCAUUUCGCUUAGGUACAGAAAUAGCAGAAGCUACUGCAUUUGAUGAUUUAGUACUUGAAUACAUUAAAGAUAACAAAAAAAUUUAUCGUCUAUUACAAGCUAAACACAAAUUGAAAGAACAUUAUAAAAUAACAGAACACGAAUUAUUAUCAAAAAAAGGAGAUUACAGUUUAAUUAAAUAUUUUCUUUCUUAUCAAAAAUUUAAAAAUGACAAAUUCUUUAAAAAUAGCACGAUAAAAGAUAUUAUCAUUUAUACUAAUAUUGAUUUGGAUUUUGAAAAUUUGAAAAAUUCAAAAAUUGAAAUUGAGAAAAUAGAAGAUGAAGAUGAUAUUUUGGAUAUGGAAUUCAUUGAAAAACAACCCGCACGUUAUAUGUUUAAAAGUAAUGUAACUUCUUUAUUAAAGAAUACACUAGAGAAAGCGAAUAUUAAUUAUGAAAUUGAUGAGAUAGAAGAUUUUUUAAAUCAUCUUGUAUUUGCUGUUAAUCAGCCUAAUCAAGAAGAAUUAGGUAACAUUAUUCAGAAGGAAAUCGGUAAGAAAUUUGAUAUUACUAAAACGGAAGCUGUAUACAAUAGAUUCCUUGUAAAAAUGUUGAAUUGGAUGAUGGAUCCGGAAAAAGAUAGAUUUCUUUCCUACGAAGAAGGGAAGAAAUUUUUCGAAGAAAGAAAAACCGAAACUCCUGUUUUCUUUCAUUUAAAGAAUCUAGUAUUUAUAUUCACCGGAAGAAUCGAACAAUUGUUUAAUUUACAUAAAGUACAAGAUAAAAAUGAAAACGAAGUGGAACAAAAUAUUAUUUGUGUCAGUGACCUUGGAGAAAUAAAUAAAAAUGAGUUAAUUGAAAAAAAUAUCGAAGAAUAUAGUAAAGAAUAUGAUGAUAAAGUGAUAUGGACAAAUGCUGAAAUCUAUGAAAUUUCUUCUAUGAGUUCUUCCUUUAUGAGUAAAUUGGCUGAAAAAUACAAAAGUGAAUAUGAAUUUGAUUAUGACAUAGAAAAUUUUUUACCUCUUCUAUUCCUUAACUAUAAUAAAUUGCAUAUUCUAAUUAUUUCCUAUAAUACAAAAUGGUCAAAAAAAAUGCAUGCAUUAAAGUUAGAUAUGUUUAAUAAAAAGGAAGCAAUAGAAUUUAUUAUAAAAUUAUUUAAUACAGAUGAUAAUACAAAAAAAAGUAAAAUUAAAAAAUAUUAUGAAUUAAUGAAGCAAUUGCAUUAUUAUAAAAUUAAAAAUUUAAAUAUUGAAGAGGAAAUGUUAACAAAAGCUUUAAAAUUAUUUGUUGAAGCUGAUAUAUGUUUAAGCUGA